GGCAGACUGUAGACUGGACAGCCUGUAGCUAUAGUAAGACUUGUUGAUGGACAGGCUGACAUCCGGUUCACCGUUCUGGUUAAUAGGGACUUAUCAAUUAAUCACUUUUCAUGCGAUGGACAAUGGCCUCACACGAAAUACUCUGGUCCCACCGCGCGGAGUUGACGGCCGUUGACCCGGAGCAAAAACCGGCUCCCGGCCGAGUAAACGAGCCUCGGCCCCCAAACCCCCCCACGUCGCAUGUCAAGCCUCGCAGUGGCAUUGAAAGUUGUCCUCCCGAUAAGCUCCUCGUUUUGCUCAGCAAACCAUGAGAUCACUGGAGCCCAAACUAGCUUCGGCAGCCGUCACGGCGUCGGCACUUGUCUUGCUCGCCGCAUACCUCCGCAUCCGUCCCGCGCUGAUACGGCCCCCAUCCGAUACGGCCCCCAAGCCACCGGCCCGUUCUCCCAGAUGGCGGCUACCACUUGAAGAAGGGGUGCUACCGCCUCGUCAUCCGUACCCGCUCGAUCUUCUUCCUGGAGGUCGGGAUGUCGAGACGCCGUAUGGCUUCUUGAGGGUGUAUGAAUGGGGGAGUGAGGAUGGCCAGAAAGUCUUGCUCUUACACGGCAUCGGAACCCCGUGUCCCGCGUUGGGUGAGAUGGCCAGGGAGCUCGUGGAGAGGGGCUACCGGGUUAUGUUGUUUGACUUCUUCGGCCGCGGCUACUCCGACGCGCCCACCGACCUGCCCUACGACGCCCGCCUCUACGUAACCCAAAUCCACCUAGCCCUCGCCUCCUCCCCGCUCGCCUGGUCCGGCGCCAACGCCUUCCACCUCAUCGGCUACUCGCUCGGCGGCGCCGUCGCCGCCUCCUUCGCCCGCUACCACCCGCAUGCCGUGCGAUCCCUCGUCCUCGUCACCCCGGGCGGCCUCAUCCGCUCCCACCACGUCUCGCGCACAAGCCGGCUUCUCUACUCGGAGGGCGUCCUCCCGGAACCUUUACUCCGCCGCCUCGUCCGCCGGCGCUUGGAACCGCGUCCCAGUUCCCCCCCGAGCGGCGGCGGCGGUACAGGAGACGGAGGACAGGCCUCCUCGGAGUUUGAUGACGCGGUGAUCGACCCGUCGCGUCCUGGCCUGCGCGUUGCCGACCUGAUGGAAUGGCAGCUGCGUCGACAUCCUGGGUUUGUCCCGGCGUAUAGGAGCACGCUGCGCCACACGCCUAUCUACGACCAGGGCGAUGCGGAGUGGAAGCCCCUGCGCGGCAUCUUGGCUGCGAGGAGGCAGAAGGGGGCGGUGGGGGAGGGGUCAAAGCUGCCCGGGUUGACGGGUGGCAGGAUCUGCUUUGUGCUGGGGGAGACGGAUUCGAUAUCCGUGCCAGAGGAGAUCGGGGAGGACGCGAAGCGUGUGCUGGGUGAUGAAGCGGUCGUCAUUGAGGUCGUGAAAGGGGCUGGACAUGAGGUCGGCAUUACCAGGGGAAGAGAUGUUGCGGGCCUGGCGGUGGAGUUUUGGAUGUCUUCUGAGCAGGCUACGUAGUAGGCUUCUUUGUUAGAAUAGCGGUAGAUGUCUAUAGAGUUGCACAAAAUAUAAGACACCAG